CGGUGACCAGUGCUCUGUACGCAGUCUCGUCAGCUGCUUCACCGCACAACUUUUUUCUGUUCGCUGUGUUUUCCUCACUGUGGACCUAACAACAAAACUACGGCAUUUUUUUUUUUUUUUUUUACCGCCACCUCAGUGUAAUUUUGCCUGUUAAAUCAGGCCAGGCUAAACCUGCUGCAGCGCUCGUGGAUUACCUUUUUCACCCAGAUAGCCUGGCGCGAGCAGCAUAUAGAAGAAGGUAGCUAACAGAUUGUACUUUUACGGAUCGUGUUCUUUUUUUUUUUUCCCCCUCCUCCUCCUGAUGAAGAUGUGGAAGAAGGGAUAAAGUGACUGAUAAUGAGGAUUGCGCCUGCGGCGAGGAGUCCUGUUUGCCAAGUCCGCCUGCACGAGCACCGGACCAAAAUUCGAGAGAAGUGUUCCGGAGCACAAAGAGCUUUUUAAAGCCGAGGAUACAAGUUUUAACCAUGUACCGUUUGUGCUGACACGCCGAGGGAGCGAGGAGUUAAACCGCUGCACGUUCUCUGUCCACACCUUCCUCGCCGCACAAAGUUGGAGAAGUUUCAAGGCGCUUUAUCCUGUUAUUAGACCUGCUGUGACGUCACAGCCGAGUGUUCAAAUGCGUUUUUCUACCGCAGUGUUUUGACCACAGUGUGAAGCUCUCCGGACUCAAGUCCACUUUAAAUGCGGUGUUCGAUCGUUGUCUGCAACAGCUGAGGCGCUCUUUGAUUUUUCUGUCCAUUCGAAAGAAACCACUCAGUGCAUCAUUUGAUAUUAUGGAGCUGACGUGCACAAGUGUUGUCCUGCUGGGAUGCGUCUUCCUGGUCUGGAUUCUUCGGGUUUCUGCAGAGGAAGCGGUUUUGAUGAAUACAAAGACAGAGACAUCAGAUCUCAAAUGGACCGUCUCCUCUCGUUCCACACCCGAGUGGGAGGAAGUGAGUGGUCUAGACGAGGAGAACAACAGCGUGAGAACUUAUCAGAUCUGUCAGAUUGACAGUCCAAACAGCCACUGGCUACGAAGUGGUUUCAUCCAGCGAGAAGGAGCCUUUCAGGUGUAUGUGGAACUGCGAUUCACUAUGAUGGAGUGUUCUUCCAGGAGCACCCACCACCGCAGCUGCAAGGAGACCUUUAACCUCUACUACUACCAGGCAAACUCAAACGAGGCCACGGACUCUUAUCCACCGUGGAUGGAGAACCCAUACACCAAGGUGGACACUGUGGCUGCAGACUUUCUCCUGAGGAAGGGCGGAGAGCGGAAAUUUAAUGUGAAGACUUUAAGACUGGGUCCUCUGUCUAAAAAAGGUUUCUACUUAGCCUUUCAGGCUCAGGGGGCCUGCAUGGCCCUGCUGUCGGUCAGAGUAUUCUUCAAGAAGUGUCCUCCUCUAGUCAGUGCUCUUUCGUCCUUCCCUGAAACUAUUCCCCGUACCCUGGUUCAGGAGGCACAAGGUGUGUGUGUGGAGCAUACAGCCCAACAGGGGCCUCGGCCCCCUAAGCUCUUCUGCGGGGAAGACGGCCUUUGGGUGGGUCAGCCAACAACAUCAUGUGCCUGCCUACCAGGAUUUGAACCUGCUGAAGGAUACACACGGUGCACAGCCUGUCCUGUAGAUCACUUCAAGUCGAGUACAGAGGGACAGUGUUUAGGAUGUCCAGGAUCCAGCCACGCCCCCAACAGGGGAGCAUCAGAAUGCACGUGCCUUUCAGAUUACCUACGUGCAGAAUCUGAUGCUCCCGACACCCCAUGUACCAAACCACCAUCUGCCCCACGCAGCAUUGUUACUCAGAUCAAUGACACCACGCUCAGUCUGGAGUGGAACCAGCCUCUGUACAAUGGCGGCAGAACAGACCUCAGCUAUGCUGUAAGGUGCUCUGUGUGCAGCUCACCUAGUGGCCCGUGCACCCCUUGCGGCGAUGGCGUCAGCUACCGGCCCUCGCAGCAUGGCCUCGUGGGUCGUAGGGUGGAGGUGUGGGGCUUGCUGCCUCAUACUACGUACACCUUCACCAUCCAGGCGCUCAAUGGAGUAUCUCACCGCAGCAACAAGUCUCCUGCCGGCGCAAGUGUCAACAUUACUACAAGCCAUGAUGUUCCAGCACUGGUGUCUGUGAUUCGAAAGAGUGACUCCACAGAGAGCAGUCUGACUCUCCACUGGUCAGUUCCAGCCCAACCUCAUUACACCAUUCUGCAGUAUGAGCUACGCUACUGUGAGAAGGAGCGGCGUAGUGAAAAUCAGUGUCACUACAAAAAGAGUGACAGGAACCAAGUUGUGCUGAGUGACCUCCGCAGAGCCACCCAAUAUGAAGUCCAGGUCCGGGCGCGCACCAUGGCUGGUUACGGCAGCUUCAGUCCUGCAGCCGUCUUCCAUACCUUACCUGAUGGCCAAGACUCUCGCUCCCAGCUCUUGGUUACUGGCAUCCUUAUCGCUGUUGGGACACUUCUGCUUGUCACUUUCGCCUUUGUUGCCUUCUACUGCAUACGCAGACAAAGUAGAAUAAAGGAUCCAGAUCAGAGUGACAAAAACAGCCAGUACCUUGUUGGCCAAGGGGUCAAGGUUUAUAUUGACCCUUUCACAUAUGAAGACCCGAAUGAGGCAGUGCGAGAAUUUGCCAAGGAAAUUGAUGUUUCCUUUGUCAAGAUUGAGGAGGUUAUUGGUGCUGGAGAAUUUGGAGAGGUCUGUCGAGGAAGACUGAAGAUUCCAGGAAAAAAAGAAAACUAUGUAGCAAUUAAGACACUUAAAGGUGGCUACACUGAAAAACAGCGGCGGGACUUUCUGUCCGAGGCGUCCAUCAUGGGUCAGUUCCAGCACCCCAACAUCAUCCACCUGGAGGGCAUCAUCACAGCCAGCUGUCCAGUCAUGAUCCUCACAGAGUUUAUGGAGAACGGCGCGCUGGAUUCCUUUCUCCGGCUGAAUGACAGCCAGUUCACGCCCAUCCAGCUGGUGGGUAUGCUGCGUGGCAUUGCCUCCGGCAUGAAAUACCUGGCAGAAAUGAGCUACGUGCACCGAGAUCUGGCCGCCCGUAACAUCCUGAUCAACAGCAACCUGGUGUGCAAGGUGUCAGACUUUGGCUUGUCGCGUUUCCUACAGGAGAAUUCGUCUGACCCGACCUACACCAGCUCUUUGGGUGGAAAAAUUCCAAUACGCUGGACAGCACCUGAGGCAAUAGCCUUCAGAAAGUUUACCUCAGCCUCAGAUGUAUGGAGCUAUGGCAUUGUUAUGUGGGAGGUCAUGUCCUUUGGUGAGAGACCAUAUUGGGACAUGAGCAACCAGGAUGUCAUUAAUGCCAUUGAGCAGGACUACCGGCUCCCCCCACCUCCUGACUGCCCCACCCACCUGCACCAGCUCAUGUUGGACUGUUGGCAGAAGGACCGCUCAGCGCGUCCUCGCUUUGCAGACCUCGUCAGUGCUCUUGACAAGCUGAUCCGCAACCCCGCGUCACUCAAAAUAGUGGCCCAAGAAGGAGCCGGGCCGUCCUAUCCCCUGCUGGACCAACGUCCACCUUUAGCCCUCUCCUCGUGUACAUCAGUGGGGGAGUGGCUCAGGGCCAUCAAGAUGGAGCGCUAUGAAGACAACCUCCUCCAAGCCGGCUUCACCUCAGUGGACCAGCUGUCCCAGAUCACCACAGAGGAUCUGUUGCACAUGGGAGUGACGUUGGCUGGGCAUCAGAGGAAAAUCCUUUCCAGCAUCCAGACCAUGACCUUUCGGAACAAGAGCACAGCAACUGUGACCUUCUAGUCACUGUGGAACUUUCACGGCACCUGGUCGGACAUGAACAUCAGCACGCUGGUGCAGCCACUUGCCAAGAGCACCCUCGGUCCUCUCUGGUGAACCACUUUGAACUAUGAUGGAUCAGCGGAGUUUAUGAUUGAUAACAAAAAACAAAAA